ACGAGUCGCCCGCUCCAGUUGAAAACUGUGCUGCGAGCUUUCACGUUGUGUGCGCUGUGUUGUGUUCGCCCUUCGGUUGAAAUACGAAAUAUUCCGCUAAGAAAGUUUACAUUGAAUUUAUUUUUGCUAAAAAAUAUAUAUGAAUUUUUAAAAUGCAAUUGCAAGUUUUUGUGCGUUUUUUCGUAUUUCAAUUCGGCAUACUUUGCUGUUUUGCCAUAAAUCAAUACCAAAACUACGAUGAUGUGCCAUCCAGUACAGAUCGCAAUUUGUACAAGAGUUCACUGCUGUGCAUGGAUAUUAAACCUCAACACUCGGUGGAUAUAGGACAGAUCACUGGCAGGUGGUUUGGCCAGGAAAUCAUUAUUCACACACAUGAUAUACCCGGUGUAUACGAGUAUGACAGUUGCGUAAUAAUUCAUCUGAAUGAUAUAACAGAACAAAUGCGCAAUCAUUAUAAUAAUCACCAAUACACACAACAAUACAAUCAACGACGUACACAAAACGAACAACAACAACAACAACAUAUACAAAACACAAAUAAUGAUCGCAAUUCAGCGCGUUACCUCCGAUUAGUUUGGAGUGAAAGUGAUAACGAUCUGGAAUACAUGUUCAAUUACACCGAAAGAACUCCUGGACUAUGGACCAAUAUCGGUGAACAGCGUGGUUCAUUGGUGGCGCUCAAUUCGUACAAACAAUUUACCGGCACCGUGCAGGUGGUGAAAGCGGUUAAUGAUCAUUUGGUAUUGACAUUUUGUGGCAAUGAUAUGUCUACUUCCAUUUACACGCUGGUUCUCAGUCGAACGGAAAGGGGGCUGAGUAUAGAGGAGUUGCGUAGUAUUCGAAAUCUGCUGACGCGACGAGGCCUAGACACGGAAACUAUUCGUAAGGUGUGCAGUUCAGCGGCUGCGAGUCCGGCGCUAAUGAAUAUCUUCUUGCUCACAUUAUUUGGAUUAUUUGCUAUGCUCAAGUCGUAUUACUAAUGGCGCAAAUUCUUCAAUUCAUCGCUGCUUUCUAAGUAUUUUCGAAUCUUUGACAUUUUUCCCAUUCUUAACGCCUAAAUUCAUGCAAUAAUUUUCGAUAUUUGUACAGCUAAUUGAUUUGAAAUACAUUUCCAAAAAUCCAUUAAA